AUGGCUCAAGAAGAGGAUGGAAUGUUGAUCUUGGGGUUUCUGCUGGUCAUCCCCAGUUGCCUUGGCCACUUUGAGGACCUUGUCAAGUGCUUCCAGGAUCCCAAGUAUGAGUCCAUCCUCCUCACAGCCCAGAAUGGGCUCCAUACUUCCCCACUGCCCAAGCGUGUGGUGGUUGUGGGAGCUGGAAUGUCAGGUCUGGUAGCUGCUAAGACCCUGCAGGAUGCUGGCCACCAGGUAACCGUUCUGGAAGCCAGUGACCACAUUGGAGGGCGAGUGUUCACAUACAGGAAUGAGAAGGAGGGAUGGUACUAUGAACUGGGUCCCAUGAGAAUUCCAAAAUCCCACAAGCUGAUCCACACUUAUAUCAAUAAGCUGAAGCUGAAGUUGAACAAGUUCAUUCAGUAUGAUCCCAACACCUGGUACCUCAUCAAUGGACGACGCUACCGCACCUGGGAAAUCAAGGCCAAUCCAGAGCUCCUGGGCUACUCUGUGAACCCCACGGAGAAGGGCAAGAGUGCCAACAAGCUCUUCCAUGAAACCAUUGACAAGCUCAAGGAAAAUCUAAAAACUUUCAACUGUACUCAACUGAUGUCCUUGUAUGAUUCUUACUCUACCAAGGCUUACCUGGUGAAAGAAGGAUUGCUGAGCCCUGGAGCAGUAGACAUGAUUGGGGAUGUGAUGAAUGAAGAUGCUGGCUACUAUAAGUCCCUCCUUGAAUCACUGAGGAUUGAAAUAAUUUUCUCCAAUAAUGAUGGCUUUACUGAGAUCACUGGUGGCUUUGACCAGCUUCCCAAAGGCCUUGGUGCCAGCCUGGAACCUGGCACCAUCCAUCUGAGGUCCAAGGUGGAGAUGGUCGUGAGAGAUGGGCCUGAGGUCAGGAUUUCCUAUCGCGUGGGUGGACCUGACUCCACCUUGCGCACCAUUGUCGCAGACUAUGUCAUCAUCUCAUCCUCCGCCAAGGCCACUCGCCUCAUCACCUUUAACCCACCCCUCUCUUCCCGCAAAAUGGAUGCUCUCCGCAGCCUGCAUUACACUAGCUCCACGAAGGUGAUCCUGGCCUGUAAUGAGUCCUUCUGGGAGCGAGAUGGCAUCCGGGGAGGAGUCUCCAUCACCGACCAUCCCUCGCGCUACAUCUAUUACCCCAGUCACAGUAUGCCCAACGGCAAGGGCGUCCUGUUGGCCUCCUACACCGUGGCCGAUGAUUCCAUGUUCUUCGUAGCCAUGCCUCAAGACCAAGUGGUGAACAUCGUGCUGGAUGACUUGUCAGCUGUGCACCAGAUCCCCAAGGAGAAGCUACAGCGCAUGUGCCCCACCUCUGUGGUCAAGCACUGGUCUCUUGACCCCUUCACCAUGGGUGCCUUCGCCGAGUUCACACCCUACCAGUUUGUGGACUUUUCACAACAGCUCUUCCAGCCAGAGGGCCCCAUCCACUUUGCUGGUGAGCACACAUGCCUGCCCCAUGCCUGGAUAGACACUGCCAUCAAGUCUGGACUCCGGGCUGCCCAGGAUAUUCAGGCUGCAGUGGACAAGGAGGCUGCGGUGGGACAGAGGCCUCUGCAGAAGACUUCCCUCAACGUCUAA